AUGGGUAACUCUUCUCGAAAAGGGGAGGGAGGGGAAGAGGGAGAGGGCGAAGGAAAGGGGGAGGAGGGAGAGAAGGAGAAAGUGAUCAAGAAGACUGAAGAGGAGGAGGAGGAGGAGGAGGAGAAGAAGGAGAAAGAGGAGGAGGAGGAGGACGAAGAGCUUCCGCUGGGAGUGGAGGAGCUGCUGGCCAGCGGCGACCCCGUCCUCGACCUCAGCUACAGGAAGUUCCGUCGCCUUCCGCGGCAGGUGCUGGCCCUGGCGCACCUGGAGAAGCUGUACAUGUGCGGCAACCGUCUGCGGCGCCUGCCCGACCGCAUCACGCAGCUGCAGGGCCUGCGCACGCUGGCGCUGGACUUCAACAAGCUGGAGGACGUGCCGCUGAGCGUCUGCCAGCUGCUCAACCUCACGCGCCUCUACCUGGGCAGCAACCGGCUGGUCAGCCUGCCGCCCGAGCUGCGCAACCUGCAGGCCCUUCGCUGCCUCUGGGUGGAGAGCAACUACUUCCAGCGCUUCCCCAAGCAGCUGUACGACCUGCCCCACCUGCGCUCACUGCAGAUCGGGGACAACCGGCUGCACUCCCUGCCCUCCGACCUCUGGCGUAUGGAGGCCCUGCGCGGACUCUGGCUCUACGGCAACCGCUUUGAGGAGUUCCCACGGGUUCUGCUGCGCAUGGAGGGCCUGGAGAUUCUGGACCUGGACAAGAACAAGAUCAGCGAGUUCCCCAGCCUGUCGCACCUGCCCAACCUGCGCCUGUUCUCCUACGACCACAACCCCACGGAGGGGCCGCCCAAGGUGAGCGAGGAGGUGUUCCUGGUGGGGGAGGGGGCGCAGGAGGAGCUGGAGGCACGCGAGCGACGCAUCGAGAGGCGGAGGCAGCGCGAGCAGGAGCGCGAGGAGGAGGAGGCCGCCGCCGCUGCCGGGUCAACCGAGGAGCCGGCCAUUCACGGGAUACUCAAGAAUGCAGGCUCUGCCCCCGGAAGCAAAGCAACCAAUGGCGGCUGCGUGCCUAACGGACAUCCAACCACAGAUGGAGGGGGUGGGGGGGGCCAAGAGGAGGAGGAGGGGGUGGAGUUUGGAGAGGGGGAGCUGGAGUAUGAGGAGGGGCUAGAGUACGAGAGGGAGGAGUUUAGCUGUGAAGGGGAAGUGUUUGAUUACGAGCGGGCGGCGCUUGAGUAUGAGAGGGCGGGACUUGAUUAUGAAUAUGAGGAAGAGGAUGAGCCACCACAAGUGAUGAGGAGAGGGACCUGAUGCUAGGCUCCGCCUCCAUGACACCGUAACCGUCCCUUUAAGAGGAAGCUGGUGAUGAGCAAAGCACAUGGCUCAGACCCUGACUUUCGGCCAAUCCUGCGGCUCGACGACCUUGAUAUGCAGGGUUGACAGCCAAACAGCGGGGUAGAGCCGAGCAUGAUGGGAUAGCAUUGCCGUGGACACAUUGAGGGCUGGACUGAACCUCUCUUCUAGCUUCAACUCAUUUUUAUAACUAGUCAAGGGCUGGGAGCUGCACAGAUGGUUCCUUUACAGGACACAGGGACAGUGUGUAUGUGUGUGUGUGUGUGUGUGUGUGUGUGUGUGCAUCUGUGCAUGUAUGUGUGUGUGUGUGUGUGUGUGUGUGUGUGUGUGUGUGCAUGUGUGCAUCUCUGUGUGUGUGUGUGUGUUAUGAGAUAGGUACACAGAAGCUGUAAGGUGAGCCAGGCAUUGCUGUGUUGUGGUGGUGAAACUGAAUCUUGUCUCAUU